UGCUGCGUCACUUCCACAGAGGCCUCCCUCCACUCUCCGCGCCCCGAGCUGUCAUCAUUUCACCGGGAGAGGCGAAGGGCAUCCUGGAUACCGGCCGAGAGGGGAGCCGCUGACAUCGUCUUUCGAGAGGACAAACGAACCUGUGGACAGUGGAUGCUUGAUUCCUCCCUCUCUGAUCUUGGACCGACCCUGCUGGACUAACUUUCAGUCAUCUUCUUUGUUCUGGGGUUGAGGACGUCCGGCCCGUCGGCCUGACCACCACCACCACCACCGUGUGUGUGUGAGAGACACUUUAAGGACUGCUGAUGCAUCGUUUAAGGACUUGUGCGGCGCGGUUGCGUCCGCUAACCGCCUCACAGGCGGCUCAGACUGUCGGCCAGCAACGGCCAAUCACAGCUGCCUCCACAGGCGGAACAAGGACGUUUCAGCCAAUCAGGUGCUACUCAGCUCCUGUGGCCUCAGAGCCGUUUCUGAAUGGGACGAGCUCCAACUAUGUGGAGGAGAUGUACUACGCCUGGCUGGAGGACCCUAAGAGUGUUCACAAGUCGUGGGAUGUAUUUUUCAGGAAUGCUAACGCCGGUGCUCCUCCCGGUGCAGCCUACCAGUCUCCUCUGGGUCUGUCUGCAUCUCCUCAGCUCUCCUCUCUGGUCGGAGCUCAGCCCAACGUGGAGAAGCUGGUGGAGGAUCACCUGGCUGUGCAGUCUCUCAUCAGGGCCUACCAGAUCCGAGGGCACCAUGUGGCCCAGUUGGACCCCCUCGGCAUCAUGGACGCUGAUCUGGACUCGUGUGUCCCCACUGACAUUAUCACCUCCUCCGACAAGCUGGGCUUCUACGGUCUGGACGAGUCCGACCUGGACAAGGUGUUCCGGCUGCCCACCACCACCUUCAUCGGUGGCUCCGAGAGCGCCCUGCCGCUGAAAGAGAUCAUACGCCGGUUGGAGAUGGCGUACUGUCAGCACAUCGGCGUGGAGUUCAUGUUCAUCAACGACCUGGAGCAGUGUCAGUGGAUCCGGCAGAAGUUCGAGACUCCCGGAGUGAUGCAGUUCACUCUGGAGGAGAAGAGGACUCUGCUGGCCCGCAUGGUCCGCUCCACCAGGUUUGAGGAGUUCCUGCAGAAGAAGUGGUCUGCAGAGAAGCGUUUUGGUCUGGAGGGCUGUGAGUCUCUGAUCCCGGCUCUGAAAACCAUCAUCGAUAAGUCUUCUCAGAACGGUGUGGAGAACGUCAUCAUGGGCAUGCCUCACAGGGGUCGUCUGAAUGUUUUGGCCAACGUGAUCCGUAAAGAGCUGGAGCAGAUCUUCUGUCAGUUUGACUCCAAACUGGAAAGUGCUGACGAGGGCUCCGGUGAUGUGAAGUACCAUCUGGGAAUGUACCAUCGUCGUAUCAACCGCGUGACGGACCGGAACAUCACCUUGUCUCUGGUGGCCAACCCGUCUCACCUGGAGGCCGUGGACCCCGUGGUGCAGGGCAAGACCAAGGCCGAGCAGUUCUACUGCGGAGACAACGACGGCAACCGGGUGAUGUCCAUCCUGCUCCACGGUGACGCAGCGUUUGCAGGUCAGGGCAUCGUGUAUGAGACCUUCCAUUUGUCUGACCUGCCGUCUUACACCACGCACGGCACCGUGCACAUCAUCGUCAACAACCAGAUCGGUUUCACCACAGACCCUCGUAUGGCUCGCUCGUCUCCCUACCCGACUGAUGUGGCCCGAGUCGUCAACGCUCCCAUUUUCCACGUCAACGCCGACGACCCCGAAGCUGUCAUCUACGUCUGCAAGGUGGCCGCCGAAUGGAGGGCCACGUUCCACAAAGACGUGGUGGUCGACCUGGUGUGUUACCGUCGCAUGGGGCACAACGAGAUGGACGAGCCCAUGUUCACUCAGCCGCUGAUGUACAAGCAGAUCAAGAAGCAGAAGCCGGUUCUGCAGAAAUACGCAGAGAAGCUGAUUGCAGAGGGAGCCGUCAGCAGGCAGGAGUACGAGGAGGAAAUCGCCAAGUAUGACAAGAUCUGUGAGGAGGCACACGCUCGCUCCAAGGAUGAGAAGAUCCUGCACAUCAAGCACUGGCUGGACUCCCCAUGGCCCGGUUUUUUCACCCUGGAUGGACAGCCAAAGUCCAUGAGCUGCCCCUCCACUGGUCUGACUGAGGAGUUCCUGAACCACAUCGGAACGGUGGCCUCGUCUGUGCCUGUGGAGGACUUCACCAUCCAUGGAGGUCUGAGUCGUAUCCUGAAGGGCCGAGCUGAGAUGGUCCGUAACCGCACCGUGGACUGGGCUCUGGGAGAGUACAUGGCCUUUGGAUCUCUGCUGAAAGAAGGAAUCCACAUCAGACUGUCGGGACAGGACGUGGAGAGAGGAACGUUCAGCCACCGUCAUCACGUCCUCCACGAUCAGAACGUCGAUAAGAGGAUCUGCAUCCCCAUGAACCACAUCGCUCCAGACCAGGCGCCCUACACCGUCUGCAACAGCUCUCUGUCCGAGUACGGAGUCCUCGGCUUCGAGCUGGGCUUCGCGAUGGCGAGUCCGAACGCUCUGAUCCUGUGGGAGGCUCAGUUCGGAGACUUCCACAACACGGCUCAGUGCAUCAUCGACCAGUUCAUCUGCCCGGGUCAGGCCAAGUGGGUCCGACAGAACGGCAUCGUGCUGCUGCUGCCACACGGCAUGGAGGGCAUGGGUCCAGAACAUUCUUCAGCUCGUCCAGAGAGAUUCCUCCAGAUGUGCAACGAUGACCCCGACGUGAUGCCGACCCUAACCGAUGACGUGGCUGUGCGUCAGCUCUACGACUGUAACUGGAUCGUGGUGAACUGUGCUUCACCUGGAAACUACUUCCACGUCCUCAGACGACAGAUCCUCCUGCCGUUCAGGAAGCCUCUGAUCGUCUUCACUCCCAAAUCUCUGCUGCGUCACCCAGAGGCCCGAUCCAGCUUUGAUGAGAUGCUCCCUGGAACUCACUUCCAGAGGGUGAUCCCAGAAGGAGGCUCGGCCGGGGAGAAUCCCGAGGGCGUGAAGAGGCUGAUCUUCUGCACGGGGAAGGUUUACUACGAGCUGACCAAAGAGAGGAAGAGCAGAGGGAUGGAGGACACCGUGGCCAUCGCACGCAUGGAGCAGCUGUCCCCGUUCCCGUUCGACCAGGUGAAGGCGGAGUCUGAGCGUUUCCCCAACGCCGACCUGGUCUGGUGCCAGGAGGAGCACAAGAACCAGGGCUACUACGACUACGUGAAGCCUCGCAUGAGGACCACCAUCCAGAGAGCCAAGCCUGUGUGGUAUGCUGGAAGGGGGCCGGCGGCAGCUCCAGCCACAGGAAACAAAAACACACACCUGAUGGAGCUCCGGCGCUUCCUGGACACCGCUUAUGACCUGGACGCGUUCAAAGAUCAGCAGUAGAGCGGUGACCUCUGACCCCACCCCCCGACCUGCAACAUCUGGAUCAAACCCUCACCUGUCUGACCUUUUGACCUACACACAACCCCUUCUGUGACACAAACUCCAUCAUCUCACACACACACACACACACACACACACACACACACACACACACACACACACACACACACACACACACACACACACACACACGCUUCAUUCAGGAGUCUGGAGACAUGCAGACACACAGUACAACAUGAUCUGAUACUGCACAGCGCUGCGUUCUGCACACUUCGCCGUGUGUUCCAACUUCAAACUGACUUCACUCAGUGUGUUUUCAUCUCAACAUCUUUCAGACGAAAUAAACAAAAACACUCGUUCAUGUUUUAAACUCUGUAAUCAGACGUUCUUCUUAUCUGUCAUCUACAAAGUAAAGCUCUGACACUGAAGAUAAUCCUGAAACAAUCUGCUCAGUUUGAUUAUUGACCGUUAAUUCAUGACUUUUAAUCCGUGAGAGACUCUGAACGAGCCUCACAAGCUUUUUAAAGGUCAGAAAACUUAAAGGAAACAUGCUCCGAUGUCUGGAUUUGUUCGACCAGCUUUUCAAAACCAAAAGAAAUUUGUAAUGUUUUCUUUGCAGCGUUUAAUCUGACUGUUUUUAAACUUUAAUGUGGCUUAAUCAUGCUGGAAAAUAAGUGUACAGAGGGCUGAACACAUUUAAAUUCCAACUAAACGACCAGUCUGAAGGAAAGAAAACGGCAAAACUGAGCACAACUUAUUAAACACUGAUCACAGAACCACCAGUCUUCAGGUUAACGUCCUCAUGCCUGUGCUGGUUCCUCAUCGCUCUGGUGGAGCACAUACAACUCUAUCUCCAUUUAAGAGACUGUAUCUGACACCUGUGCUCGUUUACAUCCGGGUAGUAGAGCGUUACAGCGUUAAAACUAGAGCAGACAGGUGACGUCUUGUGAUUUAGUCGAUGAAACACACACAUGAAUAAAGUUUAAACGUUCUGUUUUGAUUAACCAGCUGAUCGAAACCCAAAGAAAAUGUUGUCUUUUUCUUCAUCAGGAACAAAUCUGACCUCUUUGAUCCUUUAACUCACCUCAUUAUGAUGAGGUGAUAAAGGAGGAUGAAUAGACGGUACUUAAAGGUGUAAUGCGUGCUGAUUAAGUUGCAGUUGGAGUUAAUUAUGUGCUCAUGAGUGUAGUAUCAGUGCUGUGUCUUGCAGCUUGUGUCAGGCUCCACUCCACCACAGCAGCUUUCUGAGCUGGCUCAACAGUUUGCAUGAAAGAAGAGUCGAUUACUUCGAGAGGACUUUCGUUGAUGCAGGUUUCAAAACUUACAUUAGAGGUUUGUGUGUUUGUUUUAAGUGUAAAGAUUUGAGCUGCGUUAGAUUUUGUUUGUCGAUCAAAAUGAAUCAAAUGUAAGAUGUAGGAAGAUCAGAAGGGUUUGAAAACAUCUGCAGCAAGACAAGACUUCUUUGUGGACUCUUAAAGGCAGUUUGGUCCUCUUAGAGUCCGUAUGUAACGGUUAUAAAACCUUUAGGCUGCAGGCGCCCCCGUGUGUUGUGACACCAAGACUUGCUUUAGAAAUCGAGGGGAUGUAACGGCAACUUUAGUCCAGCAAAGUUUGGAUCCUGUGAAGGUGUGGAGCCUGAAACUGAAGGGAGAAAACACACAUUCCUCCGUCCUUACACACACACACACAUGAACACAAACUGUACAAUGUAACAGCAGGUCAGAACUCCGUCACACACACACACACAUCUACACACACACAUACAGAUACACACAGGAUCAUGACUCGAUAAUCUCCUUCACCCUGAAACGUUGCAGGACACUUUUUACUUUUAGUUUUUAACAAACGGCUCGUUAGCAUCGUUAGCGCUCCCUGUUGAAAGCGAAUGAGAGCCGAGCUAGCUGAGGAAAAGUGAGAGUGAUGCUUUGAGGAUUGGAUUCAGUGCGGCAGGUGGAGGGUGUUCUGCCUGUCAGCAGGUGGAGGGUGUUCUGCCUGUCAGCAGGUGGAGGGUGUUCUGCCUGUCGUUAAGGUAAAGUCUGUAAUUAGUCACCACAGCAGAUCUUCUUGUUUUUCUUUGUUUUGAAGGGAUAUUUUGGGAGUAUAGCGGCCACGUUCUGCGCUAUCAGGCGUCCCUACAUGAACCAAAUGCACUGCUGAUUAUAAUUUAACCCCUCGGCUUCUGUCUCUCUUCUUCUCUUCUCUUCUCUCUCUCUCUGGAGCAUUUAUCCCGUGCCAAAAUGGAUCGGAGCGUCUCAUGUUUUUAUUAUUUUACUCGCAGCUGAAUGAACUCUGUCAGCAGGAAACUAUAUCUCCUGGUUUGAAACUAGAAAAAUCUAAACGACAACAGAAGAUGAAAUCGGCUGCAGGUGGUGUUCUGGGCUUCUGUGAGACAAAGAAAAUGAUUUAUUUAUUUUCAUAAUAGGGGAUUGAAAUUCUCUUCAUUAUUUUGCUUCAUUCAAUAAAGAGUCCUGUAUGUACUGAA